AUGAACCGAAACGAAAUCGCUGAACUGCCCUUCUUGGACAGUUCCGGACCACCGAUAUAUAAAGCCGGAUUACUAGACCUACCGCUGGAAUGUUUACGUCACAUUUUCGCCAUGGUUGUCAAAUACGACGAGAACUCUGAGACUAAUUUAAGAGACGCUGUUUCACUUUUGCGAGUUUCUAAAAUUUUCGAGGCUGAAAUAAUGCGAGCAAUCUCAGUUACUAAACUGUUACGGAGAAUGCGUAAGAACCCGGAAGUUGCCAUUCUCCGUGUAUAUGCCCGAAGGACUCUGGUUUCCCAAAGCUGCAGAUCAAUCCCCGAAGGAUUUGCAUCAUCCUUUCUCGCUCGAUACAUUAUAUUUCGACCACAGGAAUACCUACCAUGGGAUGCGAAUCUGGUUACUGUUAUCAACUCAAUUGUUGAUGCUGCCAUAAGAAAGGAUGACCUGGAUAUGGACGUAAAGCAGAGAUUUCGUUAUACACGCGACAUCUGUCGACAUGCCAUCAGUCCUCAGCCAUCGUCAGACUCCCCAAUAAGCGAAAACGGAAUGUGGGUACUUUUUGAGCCUUACUUGCAGUCAAUGCUCUUCCCGCACAAACAGGCUGUUAUUCAGGAAUCUCUCGAAAGCCUCAUUCUUCCAGCCAAGAUAUAUCUCAAGGAUCCUGGCGUAGAUAAUAUGAUCUUCUCUCUAGUCUUAUCAAAAGGACCCAAAGCGCUCUCCACUUUUCGAUCUACUACUCCCACCUCUCCUGAAAACAAUGCCGAAAAGCCUCAAAAGCUGGCUAGAAGAAAGCCACUCUUGGGCUCACUUCUGGACGCUGCCAUCCGGAGCGGGAAUAAAAAUUUGGCUGCUUUCUUAAUAAAGUACGAGGUCGAUAUCUCGCGCGAGAAGCCACCCACGGUAGUCGGAGUAAAGGUAACAAAAAGAAAACGAUAUUACGACCAGUACUUCUACCGGCUUGCUGUCGAAUGCAAAGACAUAGAGACGCUCACAGAUCUUUUGGAGAGUUCCGAUACCGAGGAGUUACUGCCAACACACUUCUUCCAGUUACUAAUGAGGGCACCGCCUUCAGCAGAGCUCGAACUACCCGGUCCGCGGUGGAUGUAUUUCAGACCCCGACUGAACAUGUUAGAAUAUGGUUUAGAAGAGGCUAUGGUUCAUCGACACGUGGAGAUAUUUGGACUUCUUUUGGAGUCUCCUCUUGCCCAAUCACAGGCUCGCCAUCUUCGUCUGUGGGAAAGGUUGUGGGGUUCGCCAUGGUCCUCAGAGAAGAUGAGCCACGUGGGAGGAAAAUCGCCUAUUGAGAUUGCAGCCGAGCGAGGAGACGAGGCGGAAAUUCGCUCCCUUCUUUCCGCAGGCGCCAGCCCACACGGUCUGAAGCCCCAACUUGCUGCAUGCCCUUGCGACACAUCGAGCUCGACCCAGCUGAGAGAUUUGAUGCCCAUGAUAGCUGCGGCGAAAAACUGGCAAGCUGUCGCUGCUCGCCUUUUAGUCGAGGGAGGAUUCGAGUGCUAUGACAUACACUGGCUACUCAUCAUUGGCACAGUCAUUACAAGCAGAAGUGAACCCGGAACUUCUGGUCUCUCGCGGCCGUUUGGUGGUGCAGAUACAUCCCAAGAUUACCAACGCGCCCUUGAAAGACGAGACGUUGCGUUUUGGCAGAAGAUGCUGGACGAGAAAAUCAUUGGCUUGCAGCACGUCUACCGCAAUUGUCCACGUUGCGAAGACAGAUUCGAUUCGCUGUCGCGCCAUAACUGGAGCAUUCACGUUGCCAAGGACUUCGUCCGCAACCACUUGCGAAUAGUUCCCGAUGGAACGUUUAGGCCCUAUCGCCAUAGAGAUUGGAAGAACGUGGAGGCUGGUCAUACAUGUGUGCGGGUUGGAUUAGAUUAA